AUGGCGAGCCGUCCUUACCGCGUCAGCUCUGGCUAUGACUCCAGGAACUUCAGCUCCUGCUCUGCUGUGGUGCCCAAGCCCGGCACUCACAGCUGUGCCAGUGCCAUGACCUACCGCGGGGGCAGUCCCGGGGGGCCUGGCUACCGGCGCCUGGGGGGCUUUGGUAGUCGGAGCCUCUGUGCCUUGGGGUCCCCACGAAUUGCGGCGAGUGGCGGGUGGCCCCUCCGCACGGGGGGCAGCUUUGGCUACCGGGCAGGGGGUCUCUGUGGGCCUACCUUCCCCUGCAUCACCACCGUGACAGUCAACGAGAGCCUCCUGGCACCCCUCAACCUGGAGAUCGACCCCAACGCCCAGUGCGUGAAGCAGGAGGAGAAGGAGCAGAUCAAGAGCCUCAAUAACAAGUUCGCCGCCUUCAUCGACAAGGUGCGCUUCCUGGAGCAGCAGAACAAGCUGCUGGAGACCAAGUGGCAGUUCUACCAGAACCAGCGCUGCUGCGAGAGCAACCUGGAGCCGCUGUUCUCGGGCUACAGGGAGACACUCCGGCGGGAGGCCGAGCGUGUGGAGGCCGACAGCGGGAAGCUGGCCUCCGAGCUCAACCACGUGCAGGAGGUACUGGAGGGCUACAAGAAGAAGUAUGAGGAUGAGGUGGGCCUCAGAUCCUCGGCUGAGAACGAGUUUGUGGUGCUGAAGAAGGACAUUGACUGCGCCUACCUGCGCAAGGCCGACCUGGAGGCCAACGUGGAGGCCUUGAAGGAGGAGAUGGGCUUCCUGCAGUCCCUCUAUGAGGAGGAAAUCCAACUCCUUCAGUCUCAGAUCUCGGACACGUCGGUGGUGGUCAGGAUGGAUAACAGCCGGGAUCUCAACAUGGACUCCAUUGUGGCUGAGAUCAAGGCACAGUAUGACGACGUUGCCAGCCGCAGCCGGGCUGAAGCCGAGUCCUGGUACCAAACUAAGUGUGAGGAGAUGAAGACCACAGUGACCCGGCAGGGUGAGAACCUCCGCAGGACGAAGGAGGAGCUCAAUGAGCUGAACCGUUUGAUCCAGAGACUGACGGCGGAGGUGGACAAUGCCAAGCAGCAGCGCUGCAAGCUUGAAGCGGCCGUGGCCGAGGCAGAGCAGCAGGGCGAGGCAGCCCUCACAGAUGCCCGCUGCAAGCUGGCCGGCCUGGAGGAGGCCCUGCAGAAGGCCAAGCAGGACAUGGCGUGCCUGCUCAAGGAGUACCAGGAGGUGAUGAACUCCAAGCUGGGCCUGGACGUGGAGAUCGCCACCUACCGCAAACUGUUGGAAGGCGAGGAGAGCCGGUGA